CGGCCAUGAGGGAGGCGCGGGGGCGAGGCGGAAGGCGGUGCUGAGGUGAGAGAUGCGGGCGGGGCGGCCCGGAGCCCAGAGCGCGGCCCCCGGCCUGGGCGCGGAAUCCGCGGACGUCCUCCGCAGAGCCCCGCUCAGCCCUCGGGAGAGCGGCGCGCGUCCCCGACCUGGCGCUUACCUAGAUAUGAAAAUUCAUUUAGAAAAAAAUUUAGAAGAAGAACGCCAAAUAUUACUGCAGCAACAAAAGAUAUGUAGAAAUAGAGCACGUAAAUAUUUUGUGGAGUCAAACCGGAGAAAAAAAGCUUUUGAAGAAAAACGGAAAGAACAUGAAGAAAGGGAACACCAAAUUAGAGAACAAAUACUUCAACAAAGAAAACAGAAGUUUGAAGAAGUUACUGAAAAAUUCCAGCGUGCCCAUAUUCCUCUUUCUCAACGGAGGAGAGCAGUUUUUCACAAAACAGUUCCUCCAUUAGAAGAGGCCCUCAAACAAAUUCAAGAAUCCAACCUGAAAUCAGAAGUACACCUUCCUUUUGCCCACAGACCAACAACAAAUUGGAGAGCUUUAGAUUCUACUUUGCCUUCAGCAUUGUCAAAAAAUGAUCACAGGCAUCAUAAACAUCCUUUAUCCAAAAUCAAUUGGGAUACAGAAAUGAAGGAAAACAACAUGGCCAACCUAGCUACAAACAAAAAUGUGUUCCAGCUUAAACUGGAGGAAACUCAGAAACUCUUAGAAGAUCAGCAUUUAAGCAGUUUGCAAAGAUUUUGUGAUGAAGUUAAGCAGAUAACCAAUUCUGAAACCCUUUCAAGUAUAGACAGUCUUGAGGCUGGAGAGCAUGAAGAAAUGUAUUUAACACUUAAUGAGGAGCCUUCAACAGCAGUCCAGCAGAGUUCUGUUUCUCUCAAGUCAGCAAAUCUGCAGUCAGCUAAUCUAAAUCACUUUGAUGAAGAUAAACUGUCCUUCUCUAAAACUCAGCACAUAAAUAAUUGGCUUACAACUUUAGAGGCUCAAAAUCCUCAAUGUGCCACACCUGCCUCUGAUAUUUUAAGUAAAUCUAGUGUUUUGCCUUCACAGGAACAUUUUAAUAAUAAAGAACAAAAUCAGUCCACUUUAAGUAAAACCGUAGAAAGAGCCACAAGCACUACUAAUAACUCAGUAGCUCUUGUAUAUAGUCCACCCAUAGUACUAGAUAAAAAAACUGAAAAAAACUCUGAAAUUAGCACUAUAAAGACAGAUGAUUUCACUUCUGGAGCACUUAACAGGGGAAAGCUAUUAGUUCCUGAGACCCCAACAUUUAAGUUCAAUAAAGCCUGGCCCACUCCAAAUUCUCAAACCCAGGAGGUGGCUACAUUUCCAGACCAAGAGAAAUAUUCUCAGUUAACUCAACAAAACAGAACUUCUUUAGUUCCUACUUCAUUUGUACCAAUGAAAACACCUUUAGCCUUGCCAUCUAACAGUCAGUCAGCAAGGCCAUUAGCAAAGAACAAUAUACACAUAAAAGAAAUUAAUCCAGUACAGUGUUCUGAUAAGUUAGAGGAAUUAAAAGAUGUUAUAGAUGAAAACAUAAAAUAUUUUAAUUGUGAGGAAAAAGAGUUGCCUUUAUUUUCUGACAGUUUUCAAGCUGCCCACACACCUCAAAAUUGUGAUUCAAAGGAUAAAAAACAAAAAAUAGCUGAAACAUCUACAUCAUUGUGCAAUGUAAUUUCCAAUUAUGACUUACUUGAUGAGCACAAGAAAAUGAAGUACAACAUUCAUGAGAGAAAUGGUGUGAAGUUUCUUAAAAGUAUUUUAAAGAAAGAAUCUAAGUAUGAAUGUGAUUAUUUUAAGGCACUAUUUAUAAAACAAGGCUUUAAAUUCAGAAGUCAAAAAGCAGCAACUAUCAGGGAUAGUAUUGAAUUAACGAAGGAAAAAGAAAAAGGCAUAGAAAUCCUAAAGACUACUAAAAAACUGAGAUGGUUUGAUGAAACUGUCGACAUAGAAAACAAUGCUGAAGACACUCACUCCCUGAAGAAUAGAACAGGAACGACUCAACAGUGGUCUCAACAAUUGCAUGUUAACAGUCGUGCUGGCAGCAACAUAAUUAGUGAUUGUGCUAUAAAUUCUGCUGAUAGAAAAAAGUCCAUGGAGGUCUCUGAAAAUGUCUCUACCUUAGGAGGCUCUGGAAAAGAUCACGUGUCUUUGAACUGUUUUAUACCUGCAGGUCAUAACUUUACUAAGCAAGCUUGGCCAGUUUCCAAAGAAGAAAGUAUAAGCCCUGUAUAUAACAGUGACUUGAAAGCUCAGAAAAGCAAUCCACGGAGAGGUGGAGCAAAAGUGAUUCGAAGAACAGGAUCUGCAAAAAUCCGAUCAGGAUUUAUAGAUAACAGAAAAUACUGUGUCAUUCAACCACAGUCUGCAAGCAAAACCAAUGCCUUUAUACAAGCUCAGGGUAAACUGACCAUACCUCAUCCUCCUCCUAAACCUGUGUCAAGUAUUAGAAGUCGUAAAACUAUUCAAGUGUCUCAGUGUCAAACAGUAAUGCCUCAAAAUUCUCAAAGCAUUAUUACACAUGACUGUUUUAAUUCAAAAUAUGUGCUUCCCACAGAACACAGUUUCAGUCAGUGGAAUCAAGAAAGUAGCCCUCCAUUCUCCGAUGCUUGUUCUGACCUGGUCACUGUGAUACCAUCUUUACCAUCUUACUAUUCUUCCGAGUGCCAAACUUUAGCAAAAACAAAUCAUUCAAACAGUACUCAGGUGGUUGCCCAGCAAGAUGGGACAUUAUAUUGCACCCAGAGAACUCCUGUUUAUCAAGAAAGUUAUCAGUCUGUAAAUCUUAAAACUGCUGAACAAGAACCUAUCCCCAUGUGGAAAAGAGGGAGUAAUAUCCUGCACCAAAAUGAGCAGGCUGCUGAUUCUACUGUUAGAAGAAAACGAAUUGUUGCAAAUAAGCAGAGAAGUCUUUCAGACCAGAAAAGAAAAAUCCCUGGAUCUAAAGCACAGAAGUACAUUGAACAAACCAAUAAUUUUGGACAAAGCAUCCAGUUAAAUCCCUCUGAGCCAACACAAACUACAAGAAGUACUUCUAAUACUGAAGAAGUUUCAGAUAGUACUUCUGAGUAUCUGAUGGCUGAAAAUCUAGUGAAAGCUUCAGUGCCUGAGGAUGAAAUUCUAACUCUCCUGAAUAACAAGCAGCCACAGAAAUCAAAUCCAGCUUUAAAUAAAAUCCAGCAGUUCAACAUCUGUGCACUAUCAGCUGAAGAACAGAGAAUUCUCCAGUCCCUAGACCAUCUCAAUGAAAGGCUACACUAUGUACAAGAAACCAUUUGCAAAAAUCCAUCCAUUAAAAAUAUGUUACAAAUAAUACCACUUCUGAGCAGCCGCCCAAAGGCAAGUCCAUCUCCUGAUGUUGGACCCAGAUUGCAAAGAAAAUUCUGAUGAAGUAUGAUGGCAGCUAUUUUAGUGAAUCACUAUUUCUGAUUAUCUCCUGUGCAUAAAUAGUAUAUUUCUUCAUUUAUUAAUUAUUUAAAAUACUAUAACCAUAAAAAUAAAUAAUAUAAGUAAUGGAAAUAAAUUAGCUAGUUUAUAUUUGUGCUACAAAUCAUUACUAUUAUGUAUUUUAUUGAUAAAUACAUUUUAAUUGAUAGAAAUACUUCAUUAUUUUCAGCAUGCAUGUUACUGGAUAUAAAGUCAUUAUAUUUAAAAAUAAGACUAUUUUGCUGUUCAAAUUAUGUAUUAACUGUAAUUUAAAGCUUUGUUUUCUGAAAUUCCUAAUAAAUUCUAUUAAAUUUGUACAAUGUUAUAAAAUAUGUAUGGUCAAUAACAUCUUCAUAAGCAAUACAGCUGUCUCUUUUAAGACUUUGCAGGUUCUCUUAUCACCCAGGGGGUUUCAUUAUCAGCUCUACAUGUUUGAAAGUUAAUGUUAUCACUUUAUACUGAAGUAAUUAGUCUCUAAAAACUCACCACAAUUAAAAAAUUCAAAGGGAUCAAAAAAAGUAAAUAUAAACUGUAAUCCCACUUGGAUAACUUGGUUCCUAUCAGUAUAUUUUUUUUCCAAUAGGACUACCUUCUUGGGAAACCAGAUUUAUAUUAGAAAUUGGCCUUUUUUUCUUUUUUUCUUCUUUUGAGGCAGGGUCUCACUAUGUAGUUCAGGCUGCCCCAGGCUAACCUGGAACUCUCGGCAGUCCUCCUGCCCAGCCUCCCAAGUGCUAGGAUUACAUGCAUGCACCACCAUACCCAGCUAAAAGUUGGCCUUUUAAAGUAUGGAAGCAAGACCAAAGUUGAAUGAUCUUAAUUAUUUCAUAAAAUUAUGAUAGCCUUUAGUUUCCCUCAACUAUUUCUUUUUUAGGCUGUCACCUAGAUUUCAAGCAACCUCUCUUCCAAAUCAGUCACAUAAUCCCAUUUUAAAACUCUUCUCUUCCAUUGUUAGAGAAAAUCUUCAGUCCUUAGCAAGGAAUAUAAGGGGCUUCAUAUUCUGGGCCCUCCCAACAUGCCUAAGGUGUUCCUUACCACAUUCUGACCAUCCCAGUCUCACCGAACUACUUACUAUAGGGGAGUGGGGAUGUGGCUCAGUGGUACGGUGCCUGCACAAGGCCUUGGUCUAGUCCCCAGCACUGAAAACAAAACCAAAAAAGUAUAUCCAUUUCAUACCUCAUUACCUGUGCAUGUGCUAUACUUUCAGUUUAGAAUCACCUCCCUUCCUGCCCUACUUUUAUCUGUUAAAUUCUCUUCAGGUUGAACUGUCUCCAUUUUUUUGUAAUAAUUCUACUGUCUCAACAAAUCAUAUCCUUAGUAGCUGAACUGAACUUAUUUGUUCACAUAUAUGCUCCUUUCCUAGAACAAGUAGAGACUGUCAUUCAAUGAUUUUAGAAAUUAAAAUAAGGUACAUAAUGGCAGAAAAAAAUAAUGAUUAAUGAAGAAAAUAAUCAUUGAAUUAACCAAAUUUUUCCAUGUGGUAGGCACAACUGUGUAACAGAUAUAAAAGAAGAUAGAACAAGUUCAUUGCUAUCAUGUAGUUUAUAUUUUAGUUGAGAAGACAUUUUAAAAUAUACCGUCAAGUAGCUAUAAGUGAAAAUUAGAGAAUGGUACAGGGUAGAGUGUUAAGCACUAUUUUAGAUACAAAAGUUUAAAAUAAUCAGAAAACAUCUCCGAAGGUGUAUCUCCCUUUUCUCUCCCUCCUUCCUGGCUCCCAUGGGAUGAGUAGCUGUCCUUCCACGGUGCCCUUUGGCCUUGCAGCCAACUGACUAUCAACUGAAUCCUCUAAGAACUGUGAACCAGCCCUGGGUAUUUUGUCUCAGAAAUGAGAAAAUGGCUGUGACAGCCAGGGUUGAAACAUGCUGAUGACAUGUUUAUUCAUGGAGCAUUAUGUAAUUAUUGUCACAACUUUUACAAAAGAGUGGAUUUUGGUUGGCAUUUUCUUCUUCCAUGAAAAUCAUACAUGAGUACUACUCAACCAUAAACAAAGAUAAAUUUGAGACAUUUGUUGAAAAAUGGAUGCCCCUUGUGAUCAUAGUAUAAGUGAACUAAACCAGGCAUGUAAGUUUAAAUGGUUAUAUAAAGAACAAAAUAAGAGAUAGAUAAUAGGAAACAGUGAGAUCUUUCACAAAAGAAGACCAAGAGAUGGAGGGGGAGGGAAGAUGUGUUAUAUACAUGUAUCAUCUCCUCAGAGGAAAGUAAUCAUUGUGCACUAUGGACAUAUACUAAUCAAAACAUUAAAACUGAAGAAAGAAAAAAAACUAGUUGUUGCAAGCAAGCAAGCAAGAUCCACAAUUGCAAAGGGAGAAAAAAGUAAUUUUUCACCACCUGGUCCAGUUUAACAUCACCAGUAAGAAAACAGAUGACAAUGAUCCUGUUGCCCUGGUAGGAUGUGCUGAGAACACCUCAGUGAUGUUCAUUACAAAAUUGUACAGCCUCAGUUUAGCAAAAGGGAAGCAUCACACAGCUGAAAUUCCACAAAUGUCAAGAUUAUAAAAGAAGAUCAUCUCAGAUAAGAGGAGAUUAAAGGCCUUGACACCAAACUGGAGCAUAAUAUCUUAAACUGGACCCCAAAAUAGAGAGAACAUACAUGGGGGAAAAAACUGGUGAGCCAUGCGGGGAAGCCUGCAGUUCCAGUUGUGAACUACCUGGGAGGCUUGGGCAGGAGGAUCACUCGAGCCCAGUGUUCUGGACCAACCUGGAAAACAUUGCAAAACUUUGUCUCUUAAAAAAGUAAAACUGGUGAAAUCUCAAUCAUGUAAUUUAUGGAUAAUAUCAUACAAAUAUUUAUUUCCUAGCUUUGUUAACUGUACCACAGUUAUGUAAGAUGCUAACAUUGGGGAAAAAUGAGUAACAACAUACGAUUUGUGUCAUUAUGGCAACAUUUCUGGGGGUAGGAAAUUAAUGAAAAAUAAUUUUUAAAAUGUUACUAGUACACAUUUACAAUAUAUAAUAAAUGUACUCAUUGUGGAGAGUUAGUACAUAUGCAUA